GUAAACAAAGAACAGCUGACUCCUUCCUCCUCUUCCCGAUGUUGCUGCUGAGGGAAAUGCGAGGCGUCUGACACGUCUAACUAUAUAUAUGUAACCUUUUAGAAAAUCGAGAUCCCAAGAGACUGCCAGCCAUGGCUCUCAAUCUUCUGCCCAACAAUGCCAUGACAUUCACGGAAAACCAGCAUGGGACGGCAGUCUUGGAAAAGUUGCGUAGCCAGCGCGAGUUAGUGAGGUGCUGUGAUGUCAUCCUGCACGUGGCCAGCAAGCAGUUCCAGGCACACCGCUGUGUUCUGGCUGCUUGUUCUCCCUAUUUCGACUCUAUAUUCAAAGCCAGCAAAACAGUGAAGGAACAGUUGAACAUCAGCUCUCAGGAUCCAGAGGUGUUCCAGUGCCUCCUGACGUACAUGUACACUGGAACAGUUGUGGUGGACAAGACCAAUGUAGCCGAGCUCUUGCGUCUGGCAAACAAACUGCUCAUUGCCAAGCUGAAGGAGCACUGUGCAGAGUACCUAGAGAGAUACCUUGAUGCAGCCAACUGUUUGACAGUGAGAGAUAUGGCCACUAAAUUUAACCUUGAAUCCUUAGAGAAGACAACUGGGGGGUUCAUCAGCACUCACCUGGCAGACAUUGUGGAAGGGGAGGAGGUGCUGGAGCUCUCACACACGCAACUUGAAGACUUCUUGAGGUGUCCGAGCUGGGCCCUAGAUGAGGACCAGACCUUGCUCUUGGUGACACGCUGGGUUCACCACAACCCCAGCAGCAGAGAACGCAACCUACGAAGUCUCCUCACCUGGGUCCAGUGGUGCCGACUGAAUCCCCAGACGGCUAUCAAAUUGAUGCAGACCCAUCCUUUGUACUCCAACUCCAACUCGCUUCUGGCUCUUUUCUUCUUGCUAGAUGCUCUUAAUGAUAACCAGCUUCUUCCCUCGGACUUCCUUGCACCUUUCUACAAGUUAAAAGCAAAGUUCUGUCAGCCUUCUGAUUCCAUGGUUGACAAUGAGAGCUUCCUUAGUCUGGCCAUAUCCACUGCAAUUGACGGCCUCCAAGAAGAUCAGCUGACAAGUAACAGACCUCCUGAACCCUUAGUCACAAACACAGACUUCCCCUCCCAUGCUGCCCAUCCCUCACAAGCUAUCCAGGAGGUUUCCUCAGACAUGGAAGAAAAUCAGGUUAAUGCAGCAGCACUAGGAAACCAUCAUAAAAUUACUGAUUUCCAUGUAAGUUCGAGGAGAGGCUGUGAGGACGCUGAGGCAGAGCAGUGCCCCCAGUACGAGUUAUGUCGUGUGGUGGGACACAGUGCAGAAGACAUCCACAUCAAUCAGCCAAAUGUUGUGUUCUCACACCCAUCAACAUCAUCGACAAUAGUUGGAACCCAUGCACAUAUAUCUGAGGAUUCCAUUGGCGAAACUACAUCGGCUGAAGACAUAAGCUUUUCCUGUGAUAAUCAGGGUCACUUUGGCCCACCCCAUGCACGUACCAUGACACUGUGGCAUCAGGAACCACAGUACGCUAAUGAUGAGUCGCUUUCCUCUGAUUCUAGUCAUAUGUACCAAAGACAAGUUUAUGAACAAGGUUUUACCAUGAAGGUCUCAGAUUCAUAUAAUGCUAGAGUUAGUGCUCCGCUGGUAUAUUCUAGCAGAGAAAAUACACUGAAAAAUAUGUCAUAUUAUGUAAGUAACUACAAUCCUGAAGAUGACUUAACAGUUUCUGAUGAUCAGAGCACACAGUCUUUCCAGUAUGAGGAAAAUAUGAAUCCAGGUUUGAACUGCUACCCAUGUCGACCUCCAGAAGAAAAAGAAAACCAACAUCUGAUCCUCGAACCUCACCACAACCAAGAGAAUUAUACAAAAUCAUACUAUCAGGAUGAUUCUGCUAGUGCUCAGGACAUCAACUGCAAUCAGCGGGAGUUAUAUUACAAUGAGAAUUCAACUGACACUCAGAUAUCCAACUGCCCACAAGACAUGACAGUCCAGCACCAGUUCUCACAGUGCCAAAAGAUGAAGCAGGACCCAAGGGAUGAGAAGCAGUUGAUGGACAUUGAGGACCAAGGUGACCCUGCUCUCCAGGACAGAUUUCCAAAUGAGGAACAGCAUUAUGAUCACUACCUGAAAAGCAUAUCAGAGGAAAGGUUUCACAGGGCCCUCUCCAGGCCUAGUGAAGAAUCUCUGGAAACCAUUAGACAGAGGGACAUCGUACCUCAGAACAUGGUAUCAGAUAUGAAGCACGAGACUUCAGAGUGCAGUCUAGAUGCAAGAAGUGUGAUGAAUGAGGGUGAUCGAGGUCCAUUAUACAAGAAUUGCGUUGAAGAGAGAAACAUGUUUAAUGAGGCUGAAGGUUCUGGAGACAGAAGAAGCUUAGAGACAGAACUGCCCGAGGGCAUCACUCCUGACAGCCUUCAGCCUAUGCCUGCCCUUGAUGCAGAUGCUACUCCUCGCCAGGUCAAGUUUAAGAUCAACAGAACUGUAAAUUCCGGGAGUCUUUCAGGGUUUCUAUCAAGUGGAAGCCAGGUCAUAACACCACCAGAAGACUUAGGACACUCCAACAGGCUGGUUGUCAACACAGCUGACUUGCCGCAUUUUGAUGGUGAUAGCUUAAACCCAGAUGAUCCUGAAGCGAUAGUCCAGGAGGAAGAAACCGCUGUCAUAAAUAAGGAGGUUGAAGCCAGAGAGUGCCAAGAGGAAGAGACAGAUGGGUCAGAGGGGAACUUAGCACAAAGCAAGGAGGCAUGGAGGAGGACAAGUUCUCGGAUCAAGCCAGUGGAGAAAGCAAAAGGGGAGGAUAAACCUGCAACAACCGAGAGAGCGUGUGAACUGUGCCAAGCAACGUUCCCUCGCAUCAAAGAUUACUAUGUCCACAUGAGAGGCCACUUUCCAGGCCCGCCCCACCGCUGUGACACAUGUGAAGCAUCUUUCAAGCGCAUUUAUCACCUGUUGGACCAUCGGCUAACACACCAGGAAACCAAGACCCACAAAUGCCCGCACUGUCCCUUCAGCUCCCACAAGAAGUUCAACUUGACGGAACACAUGGCACUCCACUCCAAGAGCAGGAAGUACAAGUGCAAGACCUGUGGUGAUACAUUCUCUCGACUUCAAAUCUUGAAGGUGCAUGAGACAAAGCAUACCAAUGAGCGACCAUUCCUGUGUGAGACAUGUGGAUGGUCAGGCAAGACUAAAAAUGCUCUCAUUGUACACACUAAGAUGCAUACAGGUGAACUCCUCAGGUGCCAGUUCCAGGACUGCAGUUAUACCACAGCCAAAAAGUCACACCUCAAGGAACACAUGCAAGGACAUUCCAAAAGCCGGCCGUUUGUGUGCAACACGUGUGGCCGCAACUUCAUUACCAACAGUCACCUCCGUCGGCAUAUGAAAUUGCACCUGCCGGAGAAACCCUUCAAAUGUCCGCAGUGCGACUACUGUUCAGCCAGGCAGGACAGGGUCAAGGUUCACAUUAAGAAGAAACAUGCCCCAAAGGAAAUGGCGAAGGCCCCUGCACGCAAGCGGCAGACCAAGAAGAAGAACUCUACCCUCCACACAAGCGACCAAAAUACCGAGGAGGUCCACAAGGUCAUCGCCAGUAAUGCUGAUUGUUCGCAGGGGGACAUCUUCUCAGACCUGGAGAAUACGAAUGUGUCUCUCCAGCCGCAGCUUCCCAGCACCCCUCCUCCGACAACACUUUCAGAAUACCCCCCAAGCCCCUCCUAUUCAUACCAAACCCAGUCUGCCGCUGAGGACCCACUCAUGAUAGUUCCAGACAUGACCUCAGUGACAGAGGGGUUCACGCAGCUUCCCCAAGCCUCGCCCUUGCACCGAAACCUCAGCUCAACCCUCAACUACGAUGGAAGUUACCAUAGCCCACAGUAUCAGACGUCACCAUCACACUUUGCGUCACUCUCCCCUUCCCAUGCAACCCUCUCAUAUGCAAACGGACACCAUCAGGAAGAAAGCCCUCUCAAUUUUGCAGGAUAUAUGAAGUAUGAUUAAAGCAAUUUGUU